GAUGUCACUGUUGGUUGCGUUGUUCACUGGCGCCAUCUUCUUUAGCCUCCUUUACCUGACACCUUCAGCUGCCUCCUGCAACCUAGAGGUGAUUGUCUCCUUGUAGCUCUUAUCUAUCAUCUCCUUAGUUUCCCUUGUGAGCCAAAGCUCCAGUUCUUAAACAUGUUCUCUCAGUAGCUAGGUGCACCUGGUACAGAUAUGACUUUCUGGGAAGUUGGAGGUCUCCCAGAAUUCACACAUCCCAUACAAUAAGAAAACACAUCCCUUGAAGCCACUCAUGAGGGAUUGGUGCACCUACCAGCUCCUGAGUGGUGUCAAGUGUUACGAGAAUACACAUAAAAUUAAGAUGUUUGCUGGCCUGGGCUAGCAUCAGUGGCAUCAGCAGUUGGUCUGCCACCUGCCCUCAGGGGAAGGAGAGAUAAGGAACAAUGGAGCAGCGUCUGGAGAUGUGUAAUGAAGGGAUGUGGGAGGAAGAGCUGUCUGGAGCGGCUCCCCCCUUUGAGCCCUGAACUGUUUGAAGUGAUGGACAGGCGAUACCCCAGCAGGGGGAUAAAAAGGGACAGGUUCGCUAAGACAGACACACACGCCACCCGAGGUAACGAGACCCUGGAAGCGGUACGCUUCUCACGAGUGGUGAGAAGUACCGGACAACGACAAGGGUGGAAACCCGGUGUGUGUCCGCCCUUGCCUGGGUGCCGGGUUCACUGCAGAGGAUCGACCGCAUCUGGAGGAGGGGUCACAGUCGGUGACCUCAGGUGACAUCACCAAGGACCCGCCCAAAAAGCUGUUUGUGAGCCAUCUCGCUGGUCUGUGAGCCAUCCUGCUGGUCUGUGAGUGAAGCCGUUCUGAAUGAUGAGUUGUUCCUAUUCUAUCUCUCUCUUCCCCCACAUUGUCCACCGCCAUGGCAACGAUUACUGCGAACUGAACUACUAAACUGGACUGAACUUUGAGUCAUUUUGAAAUUGGUCAUUUACCCCUAGACAACGAUAGAGCUUGAUUGAUGCUGUUAUCUUAAUUCUGUGCACAUGUGUGUUUAUCAUCACUGAACUGUUGCAUUUAUUAUCCUUUCGAUUACUGUGUUGCUUGUUUCUGUAAUAAAACUUUCUUAGUUCUAGUACUCCAGACUCCAACUGAGUGAUCCAUUUCUGCUGGUUUGGCAACCCAGUUACGGGGUACGUAACAUAAGUGGGGUUCUCGUCCGGGAUUUUGAACGCUAAAUUUGGGACGGAGUAAAUUGAUUGGGUUAAAAUUCCCGAAAGAAAGAAAAGACAAACAGCAGAAAUGGAGGUUGAGGAAUUUAUAAAGGCGCCGACCUUGGAGGCAUUAGAGGAUGCCAGGAAAUCGGAAUUGAUAGCUGUGGCAAAACGGGUGAAUCUUGCUAAGGUGAAGUCGACAAUGAGGAGAGAGGAGAUACACAGAGCUAUUGUAGAGCACUAUGUAUCUAAAGGUGUGUUUCCCCAAGGUGAGCUGGGGGAGGUGUCUAUUGAAAAACCUGCUGGAGACGCGGUACAGGUACAGCUUGAAAAACUGAGACUCGAGCACGAGUUCCGGGUACGGCAGUUAGAAAGGCAGGAGAAAGAGAGAGAGUUAGAAAGGCAGGAGAAAGAGAGAGAGUUAGAAAGGCAGGAGAAAGAGAGAGAGUUAGAAAGGCAGGAGAAAGAGAGAGAGUUAGAAAGGCAGGAGAAAGAGAGAGAGUUAGAAAGGCAGGAGAAAGAGAGAGAGUUAGAAAGGCGGGAGAGAGAGAAAGAGGUAGAAAGGCAAGAGAGAGAAAGACAGUUGGAGAGAGAAGAGAGAGAGAGGGACAGACAGUUGGAGAGAGAAGAGAGAGAGAGGGACAGACAGUUGGAGAGAGAGGAGAAACAGAGGGAAAGGGAAUUUGAGCUGGAGAAGUUAAAGAUAAGGGCCGAGCAGGGGCUCGUGCCGAACCAAGGUGGAGGGUUCCGGGCGACCCAGGAGGUUAGGCUGGUUCCCCCAUUUGACGAUACCGAUGUGGAUCGGUACUUUCUCCACUUCGAAAAAGUAGCUAUAAGUCAGGAAUGGCCGAGGGAUAAGUGGGUUGUCUUACUUCAGAGUGUACUGAAAGGGAAGGCCCAACAAGCUUACUCCGCCUUAUCCGCGGAAGAUGCCCAGAAGUAUGAGGUGGUGAAGGAGGCCAUCCUCAGGAUUUAUGAGUUGGUCCCGGAGGCAUACCGGCAGAGGUUCCGGAAUGCGAGGAAGCGGUGGGACCGCACGUAUUUGGAGUUUGCUCGUGAGAUGCAAACAUAUUGUGAGCGUUGGUGCGCCUCGAAAGGGGUAGAGGGGGAUUAUGACAGACUGCUGCAACUGGUUCUGAUUGAGCAGUUUAAAGGUUGUGUCCCUGAGGGUAUGAGACCCUACCUCGAUGAGAAAGAGGCAGCCACGUUAGCCGCAACUGCUAAGUUAGCGGAUGAGUAUGCGUUGACGCAUAAAAUGAAGGUUGCCCCGAGUAAAGGCUACCAGAAGGGUAGUCAGGACGGCGGGGAGAGUCCGCCGGAAAAGUCAGAAAGUAAGCCGGGGACUAGUGAAAAGGAUAAGGUAGACCGGGAGCAGUCUGGUCGGAAGUCUCCUGGGGUCGUCUGUUAUAAUUGUGGGAAAGUCGGACACUUUGCGUCCAGGUGCUUUGCCCCAAGGAAGGAGACGGGGAAAGGAAAAGCGGAAAUUUUGAAUGGCUGUAUUGAGCUGUUAAGCGAACCGCUAGGGAAGGACAGGUCUGAAAAAGUCCAGGAAGGGCGCGAGAGGUUUAUCUCGGCCGGACUGGUGUCAGUGAAAAAGAGGUUAAGACCAGUUCCAGUGCGGAUCUGGAGAGACACGGGAGCGUGUCAGUCAUUGAUAUUGAAGAGUGUAUUAGAGUUUAGCUCAGAGACCCAGACUGGGGAGGUAGAGGUCAAAGGUGUUGGGGAAGGGACAGAGUCAGUCCCUUUGCACCAGAUACACUUACAGAGCAACCUGGUCUCUGGACUAGUCACGAUUGGGGUGAGGUCCGAAUUACCGAUGAAAGACGUGGAAGUCUUGCUCGGUAAUGACAUCGCCGGAGGAAUCGUGUUCCCAGUCGUGAGAUUGACGGGUCAGCCUGCCAGCAUGGAGGCCCCGCCCGCGAUGGUGAAUUUGGCUGAAACAUUUCUGCCAACCUUGUAUGAGACAGGGUGUAGUGAGAUAAGAGGUAGUGAGGGAGCUGGGACGGACGUAGCAGUAGCCAGGAAAGAAUUUGUGCAGACGCAGGAGCGAGACGAGGGGCUGAUGGUUUUGGCCGAGACCGCUCUCUCUGACACAGCCUUGACAAGCUAUUGUGCGGAUAAGGAGGUGCUAAGGAAGAAAGGGAAAUCAAGUACAGCAUCCGCAGAUGAGGAGUGGGGGGUGGUGCAAAAGAGUUAUGGGGAUGAGGUUUUUAACAUGGCCCACGAGGUACCCCCCGGUGGACAUUUUGCGGUGCUGGAGGAAACAGUUGGUGGAAUCAUGAAAGAGAGUUACCGGCUGCCCAGGGGGAAAAAUGUUAUUGAUCAUGACCGACGCGAACUGAGACGGUCACCGGCUUUUGAUAUGCUAACAAACCUAGUCGGUGUUAGCGUGGAAAUCAAUGAAGCUAGGGGCCCCCUGAUAAGAGGAAAAAACCAUUUUGAAAAGAUUAGGAUGGGAUCGGUCAGAUGGGAGAAGGCUAUUGUUUUGGCCAGGUCUACUGAUAAGGUCUCUCCCUUAAUCCCCGAAGGAGUAAUUAAACGACUCGCACCCAUGUGUUUGAUUGUCCCGAGGAAAUGCAAAGAACUGGGACGUUGGGUUAUGUCUGUUACAAUAGGGCAGCCAAGCAAACAACACCCAUAUUUUUUGAGUAAUUCAGUGACUAAAGGGCUGAUGAACACAGAGGUGUGUAUUGGCAAUUUAACACGGCUGUCUGAAGCCAGCGUGAUAGUGAGCCUUGGAAAAAAUGAAUUCGGCCACACGAGAGUCACUUACCUGGGAAUUGUGGUGACACAGGGGCAGCUGGCAGUGAUGCAAGCUACAGUGCAGGCUAUCGCUGACCUCCCAACCCCGACAGACAAGAGGGCCCUCAGAAGGCUCUUGGAGAUGGUGGGGUACUGCAGGAAGUUUUGCAAUAACUCUGCGGUCAAUACCCGUCCCCCUCCUACUAAGCCCUUGCGAGGGAAAAUUGAGUCGGAAUGGGACGACCCUUGUUGUUGUGGUCCGGGACAAAACCAAAUGAGAGGUUACAUUGGUCGCAAUUCAUCAGUGUUUUUGGCCACUAUGAAGUUUGCUGAGUUGGAGCCUGGUCUAAGGGAUUAUUAAUAACACGUGUAAAAGGAACAGAAAAUGUGAUGACUGUCUGUCAAGGUGUUGACAAUUUCAAAUUCUCUGUAUUAGCUAAAUAACUGUUAAAGAUGUAUAUUGUGUAUGUAUCAGAUAAUGUAGUCAUGUUUGUAAUUUUUACCUCCCGGUAAAAAUCCUUAAAGGGGGGAAGUGUUACGAGAAUACACAUAAAAUUAAGAUGUUUGCUGGCCUGGGCUAGCAUCAGUGGCAUCAGCAGUUGGUCUGCCACCUGCCCUCAGGGGAAGGAGAGAUAAGGAACAAUGGAGCAGCGUCUGGAGAUGUGUAAUGAAGGGAUGUGGGAGGAAGAGCUGUCUGGAGCGGCUCCCCCCUUUGAGCCCUGAACUGUUUGAAGUGAUGGACAGGCGAUACCCCAGCAGGGGGAUAAAAAGGGACAGGUUCGCUAAGACAGACACACACGCCACCCGAGGUAACGAGACCCUGGAAGCGGUACGCUUCUCACGAGUGGGUGGAAAGGUACGAUCAGCGGGAACCCGGUGUGUGUCCGCCCUUGCCUGGGUGCCGGGUUCACUGCAGAGGAUCG